AUGGGUUUCUUCUAUGGCAUUGUGGCGUCCAACAUUGCUCAUCCGUUGGAUUCAGUCAACCUGGACGUCACCGAGAACUUGCCGCCCAAGCAAGAACUUCGAGUACGCUUCUGUGGGCAGACGAUCUAUUUGUUGAAGGCUGGACAACCGGGAGUGUAUGCGAAAUUUAUCAAGGAAAAAGAGACCGAGCAUUUUAGCGUGGUUCCACAAUUUGUGGCUGCUUACACUUGCAAGAGUCUUGGCUUCACAGCCUUGGUUACGGGGACACGCCUUGCAGUUGGUCUGAAGGUGGUGACAUGCGAGUUGGUCGAUGAGCGGGUGAUUUUCACCGCCGCGUUGGAAAGUGAAGAAGUGGCCAACUAUACCUACAAGCCCAACACCACCUGGUGGGACUUGAUGGUGUGCCUCCAGGAGGAUACCUUGGGUGGAUUCUUGGGUAAGUCCAUGCAGAUCAGAAUCGUGGUGGGCGUCCAGCCGGUUACUGAGAAGGACUGGAAUGAUCCAGUGAAGAAUCUCCUCGGUAAGGCAGACCAGGUUCCCAAUAGGAAGGCGCCUUCUUCAAGCAAAGCUUCUGCACCGACCACGAAAGAGAAGCAGUCUGCGAAGACUCCGAAGAAGUCAUUGGUGAUGAAGCGGCCCGCGCGAAAGUGA